UGGAGAAAUAUCUUAAUUUGUGCUUAUGAGAUCAUCACUGUAACAUGUAAACUAACUUUAAGGAUUCAAGCUGCAUGUCUGAUUGAGGGGGGUAUAUAUAUAGGGGAAGCCUGUGUUCAUUUGUGUCAUGCAAAUUGGAGACAACAUACACAACAGUUUAAAGCAACAUGGUAGCAAGGAUGGGUUGGGGAAUUCCUGAGAAAGGGUGGAGGAAAGGUCCUUGGACUCCUGAAGAGGAUAAAUUGCUUAUUGAAUACGUGAGCUUGCAUGGCGAGGGGAGAUGGAGUUCUGUUUCUAGGUGCCCAGGUUUGAACAGGAGUGGGAAGAGCUGCAGGCUGAGGUGGGUGAAUUACCUUAGGCCGGGACUUAAGAGAGGCCAGAUAACACCUCAAGAGGAAGGCAUCAUCAUUGAACUGCAUGCUCUCCUGGGAAACAAGUGGUCAACUAUUGCUAGAUACUUGCCUGGAAGAACAGACAAUGAGAUAAAGAACUAUUGGAGAACACAUUCCAAAAAGAAAGAGAAAUCCUCUCAGAAACAAUUAGAAAAGAGAAAAGCUCAGAUCCUCAAACAGGAAGAGGAACACCAGCAACACCUGCAGCAGCAGCAGCAGCAGCAGCAGCAGCAGCUAGAAGCUGGUGACAUGAACAUGGUCAACACCAUUGCUCAUGAAAAGAUGCAUGGAGCACCAGAGAUGAUGUACCCCACUGUGGAGGAUCAAUGCUUACCUGUGAUGUCUCAAGAUGUUGUAUCUUGGGCAGAUUCUGUGGUAGAGGAUUAUUAUAGACUAUGGGGUGGCUUUUGGAACUUAGAUGAUCAUCCAUAGGCUCAAAUUAUUAUAGACUAUGAGGGAGUUGUAAUUGCAUGCUCAAAAACUCUGGAAAAAAUCAAAUCGAAAAUGGGUCUCGUGAGAUAAGCAGAUAACACUACUUGUUCCCUAGAUUGGGGACACCUCCAAUAAAUAAUGUUCUUCUUCCUUAAUUUGAUUAUACCAUCGUAUCCUUUUUUU